AUCAAAAGGUUGCUAAUUCAAGCCCCACCACUGCCAGGUUGCUGCUGUUGGGCCCUCGAGCAAGGCCCUUAACCCUCAAUUGCUCAAACUGUAUACUGUAACUGUAAUGUAAGUCGCUGGAUAAAGGCGUCUGCUAAAUGCUGUAAAUGUAAAAUGUAAAUGUAGCCCUGAUGUGUAUUUUACUGUCUGUUUCUUUAUCACUGUCUCUAAAGUUAUGCAGAAAACACAAGACAGACCCCGAAUGGACCAGCCUCUGUUCAGUUUUGGUGUGAUCGCUGAUAUUCAGUACGCAGAUCAGCCAGACGGAUACAAUUACCACCACACAAGGAAGCGCUAUUACAGGAACAGCUUACACCUGCUCAGAAACGCCAUCAGACACUGGGAGGAUGAGGAGGAAGAUCUCAAGCCCAGCUUCAUCCUCCAGCUCGGAGACAUCAUCGACGGCUUAAACAAGACUCAGAACGCUUCAGAUCGGGCUCUUCAGACUGUCCUCGACGAGUUCAACAAAUGUCCCCUUAAAGUCCAUCAUGUCUGGGGUAACCACGAGUUUUAUAACUUCAGCAGGAGCGCCCUGUUCUCCUCAGCUCUCAACAGUGAGGAGAAAGGAGAUCCCGAGCAGAAGGAUCCCGGCAUGGAUGAGGUCUACGCCUAUCAUUUCAGCCCCGCUCCCAAGUUCAGAUUCGUAGUCCUGGAUGCUUAUGAUAUGAGUAUAAUCGGUCAGGAGGAAUCAUCUGAGAAGUACAAGCAAUCUUAUAAGAUCAUUACGGAGCACAACCCUAAUGAGGAACUUAACCAAGUUCCAGGUAGAGUUUCAAUGGAUGCAAUGUUUGUGAAGUUCAAUGGGGGAUUCAGCCAAGAUCAGCUUGACUGGCUGGACAAUGUUUUGACUAGUGCUGAUGAAAAAGAGGAAAAGGUCACCAUUCUUAGUCAUAUCGCUGUCCAUCCCUACUCCUCCGACCUUGUAUGUCUUGCGUGGAACUACGACAAGCUGCUGUCUGUCCUGUACUCCCACAAGAGCGUAGUGUGCUUCUUGGCUGGGCACAACCACGAUGGAGGUUAUUACUUAGAUCUUGCGGGUGUUCAUCACAUUACACUUGAGGGGGUUAUUGAGACGCCCCCGGACAGUAACGCGUUCGGGACUGUGUACGUGUAUGAGGAGAAGAUGGUUCUCAGAGGCCAUGGAAGGAUACCAGACAGAGUGCUCAUGUAUCAGUGAGGCAGGUAGCAUACAGGGCUGCACGGGUGCCGUACUGUGACAUUGGUUUCACUGGGUUUGAUCCUUUGUUUGGUCACUAUGUGAAUCUUAAAUCUUGUCCAUAAGUGUGUUCUUGCCUUGUGCCAGGGGUUCCCUGGUUGUUCUGGAUUCACUGCAGCCUGGGCCAGGAUAAAGAAGUUAAGAUUAAAUAAAUCAAUGAUGUGCAAUACUGCAGGGUUUUUCAUGCACCGGCCACAAUGCAUGAUUAUUAUUGUGAAGUUUUUCUUUUUUUUUUUUUUUUUUUUGGAA